AUGGAAGGCAAACGAGGCGGCGGCAGUGUAUCGCAACCAGCACCACGAGUAGGCAAGACUCCUGAUAGCAGAGGCAGCGAUGAAGAACGAGGCGACGGCACCGAUGAGGGACCUGAUGGUUACCGAUAUAAGCCCGACGGGUUGAUGAAGCAAUCAUUCAGUAUUACCACUUCUACUGGCCAGCACUUGCACCUCAUUAGCUACUACGCUCGCGCACACUCUUCAGCCCUUUCGCUUCAGCAACCUACUACCGACCCUGCUCUGCGCCAUGUCCGACCUCAGAAGGGCCUGUAUCCUGAGUCCACCGUCAAUGACCAGCAGAAUCUCCCUGUCGUUACUCGCGGCCCCAUGGCUGGCGCUGCCUACCCCAUCACUCCGCACCCCAUGGCCCCGUACCCGCGUGCGACGCACGGUCAAUCGUACCAGCCAUCGUAUGCCUGGCCUCCAACCCCCCUGGCCACACCACCGACCGUUCCUGCACCAUACGGCGGCGCUUCCUAUCUGCCCCCCAGUUUCAGGGACCACUGGACCCCAACCACCCUAUGCUCAGCCACCCCAUCACACUCCUCCUCAUCCACCCAACGCUCAUGCACUUCCUCCUCCACCCCAUGGAGCCCCGGUCUAUGA